CGAAUAUUUAAUGUAGUUAUACUCUACGCCAAAAAGCGACUGAAAACAGAGAGAUUUAAAUUGAAAAUUCAGAUGUAAACAAAUCAGGAAAAAAUAUUUGCCAAUCAUUGAAUAGAUAAUAUCUUAUUCUUCUUAUAGUGAUUUUAGUCACAUGCCUAAGUACAUUAUAGUAGAUAAAAUUCUCCAUGUAUUUACGACGAAGUUCUGUUCUAAAGUAUCUACUAGCGUUAUGUCUUGGAGGUGUUUUGUACAGUGAAUGGUUUGUCUACAAGAUACAGCCCCUUUUUUGGAAAAAUUUGAAGUGUGAAUCAGAGCAAUCAUGCACCAAAAUAUUAUUUAUCGCAGAUCCACAAAUACAGGGAGAGUUAGCUGUACCACCCCCACUUAGCUAUCUUUUCAACUGGGAUAGUGAUAGAUAUUUAAAGUCUACAUUUUCAAUCGUUGAAAACUAUUUUCGUCCGGAUGUUCUUGUUUACCUUGGAGAUCUAAUGGAUGAAGGGAGUAUUUCAACAAGGGCCCAGUUCCAUGGCUAUGUUAAAAGAUUAUCAGAAAUCUUUGAUUCACAUUACCCUGUUGCGCAAGUCUGGAUACCAGGAGACAAUGAUAUUGGAGGGGAAAAUGAGCCAAUAAAACAUGAUAAAAUUAAAGAAUUUAGUACAGUGUAUUCACAACCAAAUGUUAUUGUAUUUCAAAACAUUUCAUUUUACAAAGUUAACACAAUCACAUACUCUGUACCACAGCCUCUUGAUGAUGAUUUAAACUUUAAAUUUGCUAUCUCCCACUAUCCAGUAAUUGAAAGAACAGCAUAUGCUAAACAGGUUAUCAAUUCUAUACACCCUGACAUAUUUUUUUGUGCUCAUGAGCAUAAAUCAAAAUAUGUAAAAUUUAAAAGGGAUUAUGCAUCAAAGGAGACACAUUUACUUAGUUACAAUGAUCCAGUUUUGUCUAUAUCCUUUGAUGACGAUUGGCUUUAUGAAAUCUAUGUACCAACAUGCUCAUAUAGAAUGGGGACAAGCAAGAUUGGAUUUGGUGCUGCUGUAGUUGAAAAGGAUAACCAGCAACUUAAGUACACUGUCUUCUGGUCUUCUGCUAGAUUUCCCUAUUUAUUUAUUUAUUUAUUCAUUCUUGUUAUUCUCAUUGGAUAUACCUUAUUAUGCUGUUUUAUAAGAAUAUUAUCAAAGUUCUCCAAUAUAGUAAAAACUGAAGAUAAACAGUUUUUACUACAGCGCACUUAGUUCUCUUUAAGACUGAUAUGACUAUUUUUAUUUAUUUCUGAGAUAUUAUUCACAUUCCAAUAACAGGGUAUCCAUUUAAUAUGUCAUGUUUUAAAACUAGAUUUCAAGACCAAUUUAUAUAUAGGUCAAAAUAUUUGUCCUAAUUGAUUAGGAAGCUAGAGCUACCUUUUUAAAGAUUUUAUUUACCUGAAGAGUGAUUAUUUGCACCACAAUUAGCCAGUGAAAUGGUGUUCUAUUUUUUCAUUCCUUUUAUUCUUCCAUAAUAUGUUUCUGAUUA